UUUUGCCGAAUCUAAGUGUAUCGUUAUAUUGCAAAAAUGUUUAAAAAUAGAACUGUCAUAAUAUUCUCGUCUGUGGUGUUUAUUGCAUGUAUUUUAAUUAUUUAUUUAUUGGUAAUCCUAGGCACUUUUGAUAGAUCUCCAGAAAUCCGAGAAGAAUCGUCCGUGUCAUUAUUAGAUAGAAUUUGCCUUUAUGGUGAUGAUAAGGAGCUCUUCAGGUGGAAAAGAUUUGUUUGGGUAAGAAUGGUGAUGAAGUCAUUACGCCCAAUAAUUCAACUAUAUACUUAUUUCAUUGUAUUAUGUAUGCUCUGGUCAGUGCACCUGAUGUUAAACCACGAAGAUUGUAAAACCGUAAAAUAUAUUAUUACAUCCCUUUGAUGUUAUCAUCGUUUUAUUAUUUAUGUAUUAUUGUAUAAUGUAAAUUCUUACGAAAACUAACCACCUCAAAUAACUUAUUGGAUGAAUAUAAUAAAAAACAUUGAAACA